GAGAGCGGAGCAAUCCCUGUAACCCUUUACGUAAAUGGCGUAGCUAAGGUGCGCAGCGACAAAGACAGCGAGCCCGAAACCUAUGGGGAAGGAAUAAAAAAAGAAUUUCAGUACCGUCGCACUCUGUACCUAAAGACCAUCAUUUUCUGAAGAGCUCGCUGCCCCUGGGGCCUCGGUAGACACACCGAAAUUUGACGGCGGCGAGGGCGGAUUUUGAGCUAGCGUACAGCCGUUGAAGUCGUAGAAGAAGACUGAGACAACUGGCAGAUUUUCCGUUGGACGGUCUGUAGGCUAGGGUAUAGCGAGGGAGCCGCCAUGGCAGUCGGAUCAUUGAGCCUCCACAUCGGGAUAUGAAGAGGAACUGCAUGUGUCCCGAAUCGUCAAGAAAACGCCGCAUUUUCCCGUGAUCCGCACCGGAUCAGCACUCUUUAACAUCUGAACUCGCCCUUCUUCAUCUUUGCGAAACUGAUUCCGCUUCUCCAGAAAGAAAUCGCAGUUGGUUUUAAUCGGGGGGCCACAGGGAGAGGCCAGAUUCAUGACUAUUUUAGUCCGAGACGUGUCUUCAAAGGCCCGCUGAAAGAAAACCUGGAGCUCUAAGGAAGAAAAUGAUGCUCUGAUUGACCGCUGGGGAAAAGAAAGGGUAGUUUAAUAGGUGAUACGAACUAGUGUGAAGGAUCGUGGGAUAAAGGGGAUCUCUUUUCUGCCUACCCUCCCUCUGUGUGAAUUACAGUGAUAUUCAUUUACUGGCACCCUCUUUGGAUGAGAAGGGUCAGAGAAUCGAUCAGCCCUGCCGUUUAAGCAAGUCACCGUCUCCCGAGUCGAGAGAAUCAAAGGGAUUGGAUCAUGUCGGGUCGGCCCAGGACCACAUCCUUCGCGGAGAGCUGCAAACCAGUGCCGCAGCCCUCUGCUUUCGGCAGCAUGAAAGUCAGCAGGGAUAAGGAUGGCAGCAAGGUAACAACAGUUGUGGCCACCGCUGGCCAAGGCCCCGACCGGCCACAGGAGGUGAGCUACACGGACACUAAGGUUAUCGGCAACGGCUCGUUCGGCGUUGUCUACCAGGCUAAACUCUGUGACUCCGGAGAGCUGGUGGCCAUCAAGAAGGUCCUGCAAGACAAGAGGUUUAAGAACCGUGAGCUGCAGAUCAUGAGGAAGUUGGACCACUGCAACAUAGUCCGCCUGCGCUACUUCUUCUACUCCAGUGGAGAUAAGAAAGAUGAAGUGUACCUGAAUUUGGUCUUGGACUAUGUUCCUGAGACUGUCUACAGAGUGGCCAGACACUAUAGCCGAGCCAAACAGACCCUGCCAAUGGUUUAUGUCAAGUUGUACAUGUACCAGCUGUUCAGGAGCCUGGCCUACAUCCAUUCGUUUGGGAUCUGCCAUCGGGACAUCAAACCCCAGAAUCUUCUGCUGGAUCCAGAGACCGCUGUGCUCAAGCUCUGUGACUUUGGCAGUGCUAAACAGCUGGUCCGUGGAGAGCCAAAUGUGUCCUACAUCUGCUCUCGCUACUAUCGAGCUCCUGAGCUCAUCUUUGGUGCCACUGACUACACCUCCAGCAUAGAUGUGUGGUCAGCCGGCUGUGUACUGGCAGAGCUGUUGCUAGGGCAACCAAUCUUCCCUGGUGACAGCGGAGUGGAUCAGUUGGUUGAAAUUAUCAAGGUUCUCGGCACCCCGACCCGAGAGCAGAUCCGUGAAAUGAACCCCAACUACACUGAGUUCAAAUUCCCCCAGAUUAAGGCACAUCCUUGGACUAAGGUGAGUCAACAGGUGUUCCGGCCACGCACGCCUCCGGAGGCCAUUGCCCUGUGCUCUCGCCUGCUUGAGUACACGCCCACGGCCCGCCUCACCCCUCUAGAGGCAUGCGCACACUCCUUCUUUGACGAGCUGCGCGACCCCAAUGUCAAACUGCCCAAUGGGAGAGAGAAGCCCUCCCUCUUCAACUUCACCACCCAGGAGUUAUCCAGUAAUCCCUCUUUGGCCUCCAUACUCAUCCCUGCCCACGCCCGCAGCCAGGCCACCGCCUCUACCCCAACUAACGCCUCUGCCACCACAGGUUAAGGCAACGCUUCCUCCACCAGAUGGUAGCAGCACAGAGCGAGGUCCCAGCACCACCACCGCCUCUGCCUCGGCCUCCAACUCCACCUCCUGAGCCCACAGACCAUCCCGCCCCACCCCGGUCUCAGCCCCAGCCCACGGCCUCUCCAUUGCCCCGGCCAGGGGGUGAGCUCUGCUCAGCUCUGCUCUGCCCUGCUCUCCUCCCUGACGGCAGCGGAGCGAUGCUGACGCAGUCCGGGUUCAACAGCUAGACAACAGCCCUAUGUGACCACAACCACAAACCAAGAAUCCCCUAAUCUGCCCCUUUUAUCCCCAACUGGCCCCUCAUCCAGCUGUUUGAACUCUACUCCAUCCUCCAUCAAAGACGUCUCUCCGUGCUCUUUCAACCGGGAAGCAAUGCACAGGGCCAGAGGUGUUGUCGACUGUACUAUUGAUAAAAGUACACUGUACAUGUAUACACAAUGCUAGCCUGCUAAUGUUUGUAAGAGGACAAUCUGUAGAAAAAGUCCUAAGCUGUUCCCCUUGGCCCAAAAUCCUUUUGUCUUUCCUCCACAUUGUUCCAUUUUUCUGCAUCCUCAUCAUAUGACCUCUGACCCCUGUGUCCCCUGGUUCAACUCCUCUCCCCCACGCCUCCCCAUUGGUUCCUCCUGUAGUGCAUGGCCUGAGUAUGGUUAGGAUCAACCUGGGGGUCACCACACCCUCUCACUUCUCACCUCCACUUCCGCAGACAAGGCAUGAGGCUCACGCACGCGUAUACACACAUACACACCCAUAAACAUACACGCUCACAUCCUCACACACAUGGAUGCAUGACGAUACUGAUGUAUGUGGAAAGAUGCAGUCCACUUGUGGGGGUAAUGUUUGGACAGGUUGUUUUUUUUUUGUUUGUUUGUUUGUUUUUAAAUGGUUAGCAAGCUGUUUUAUGCGACCUUGUUUUUAAUUUUUGUUUUGUACUCCUGGGCAGAUGUUUUUGGAUUGCCAUGUGCGAUGGAUGUGACAUGUAUCUGGUCCUGUGUGCUUGUAUAAUAUAUACAUACAAUACAAAACAAACAUGCAUACAUACACAGUUUAUAUAUUACUUUUCCUUAUGUAUAAAAAGUAUAUAUAGAUAUAUGUAUAUUAACUACAAUGGUUCAGAAAUCAUUUAUGGUGAGCUCAUAUCUGGCAGAGCAGUGGCAAUAUUUGCUACUGCCUAAAGACAAUAGAUUUAGAUAUGGUGGUGUUUUUUUGUUUGUUUGUUUGUUUGUUUUUUUGUUGCUGGAGUGUGGUUAGAUUCCAGCAGUCACUUCCCUGUUCUCCUGUGUUGUCUGUAUUAAGGCUGUAGAUCGGUUUAGGGCAUUGCUCUAUUCCCUGUCUUUGUACUGACUCUGUCUGUAACAUUGUUUCUGUGACAGUGCAGCAUCUAGACAAACAUCUUCCCCUGUCCAGAUCUCUCUCUCUCUCUCUCUCUCUCUCUCUCUCUCUCUCUCUCUCUCUCUCUCUCUCUCUCUCUCUCUCUCUCUCUCUC